GCACAACUUGUCGUUCUUCACUCCGACCUGUAGCUGCGAAACGCUCGAGCCGCGCUGGCACCAUAUAUCAUAGAAUUACAGCGGGAGUCAUACACGAAUAUCCGCCAUGAUAGUUGACAAGGUCCCACUCCCUGAAGAUCCUACUCCAGCCGACGCUCCUCCCUCGUAUGACUCGUUGACUGCUGGUCCGUCUAGCGUAAAUCCGUCUUUGGCGGCUGAAGAGAAAUCUAGGGUCCCUUCGACAUCUGCCAUCGCGUCCGGGAGUAAUUCCCCCAGUACUGCACAAGGAGAUUCUUUAUCGAGCGCGAAAAGCAGGCUUCAUGCGUCCAGUGGACAAUCUAAGCCCUGGUGGUCAUUCAGCCUAGCUGGCAUGCGGACAGCCCGUCAAGUGCGCGCUACGAUAUCAAACCUGCUGCACGGCAUCGUGGUGCAACUCUCAGAGGGGAGCACAGCCAACGACGAGAGCGCUAUCGGGAUUUUAGAGAGUUGUGCAGAUACGUGUAUCAUGCAUGAUAUAUCCUUCUCUUUGCUACUGCAAGAGAAGAGCAUUGAGGGCCAUACACCGAUUUACUGGGCGAUAUUGAAGCGCCCGACACGUGCAGCCGCGCGAACGCCUUCCCCCAUGCCAGGACCAUCGCGCUCCCGGGACUUGACCCUCACUCUACUCAAGUUCUCCGCCCCCCUUACUGAGAGCACCAAAUCUGAGAUACGGCUCGCAUGCAUGCUAAAUUCGGACGAUGCUCUCUUUCAGCGGAUUAGGUCGUCCGACAUAUUUUCUCCCAUCACUGGCACCGACCAAAUCCUUUUCGGGCAGGGUAGGGGGGCUAAAGAUAGGGUCAGAGUCGUACAUAUGACGAAUGACGAUGCAGCAUUUGCCGCUCACUUCGAAGUGCCCUUGUUCCAGAAGAGGAUGAGGGUAGGGGGUAAAGUUUCCUUAGAAUUCGUUGCAAAAGGCCGUCUAUUCCGACUCUCGUUUCUAGUGGCCAGUCCAUACGACACAUAUGCGCACGGCAAGACACUCAAGCCCGGCUCGUGGUUGGUCUCACUCGAGAUCCUCGAGCAUUCUCCUCCGACGUGGAUAGACUCGCGGCUCGUGAUCCGAGAAAGCCGAUAUUCAUCCCCUCCUGAGACACCUUCCACGCCUCCAGGAGGGAAGGCGAAAGCGAAACCUAGUAUAACUCUGAGACUGAAGUCGUCCACACAGCUGUACGUCGGCAAUGUGCAUAGCCAAGGGAUCCAGGUCGGCCUCGAUGAGAGCUUGAUGGGCGGCAAUCUGAUGUAUGAGUGA